UAUCAAACAGAGUAAGGUUAUAUCAGUCGUUUAAUAUAUUUCUCAGACCGUGACAAGCAUAGAAACCGAGGCCUUUGCCGAGUUUCGUUCUGCUCCAUCACCAUGUGACCUUUCUCUUUCUUUCUCCCUGCAAAUUCAGUUCUUGAUUUUGGUUUCUUUCUUUUUUUCUUUUUUUAUUCUUUAAAGAACCCAAAAAACAAAAAAAAAAAGAAGAUAAAAGACCAUUAAAAAGCUUUAACAAGAAAGCAACAAGAUUUGAUCCACGCAUUCUUUUUUACUUUUUAAAAAUAUAGUUUAUUAUUAGGUGCAAAAACGAAACAACAACAAACCCAUAUCAAUCUCAGAUCACUGUUCCUUAAUCUCCACUUCAAAACCAAGAACUGAAAGAACCAUUUUACCUUUCUUGAAAAAAAACCAAUCUUUCAUGUUUUUUAAGCAAGAAAAAUGGCGGAGUUCAAGAAUCGACCAACAAAAAACAACAACAGAGGUUUCUAUGUAAAAAUGAAACUCGUCAACAGAAAUGGAAGAUUUCUGCUACAACAAGAGAAAAACCAUAAUAAUCUCUGUUUCCAUUAUUACAAAUGGAUUCUUUGGAUUUCUCUUUCUCUUUAUUUCUUUACUUCUUACUUCAUAAGCCAUAAACCCAUUCCUCUAUCCAAAACACAGCAUUUCUCUAAAUCUACUGUCGUUUCUCGUGCUCUCUUUGAAUCCGUCAACUCUACAUUUCUUCAACCAUCAAAGAACAAUAAAGCUUUAUUGAAGGAUUUGAAGAUAUAUAUCUACGAAUUGCCAUCGAAAUACAACAAAGAUUGGCUAGCAAACGAGAGAUGCAGCAACCACUUAUUUGCAGCAGAGGUAGCCAUACACAGAGCAAUAUCAAACAGCAAUGAUGUACGGACAUUUGAUCCAUACGAAGCUGAUUUCUUCUUUGUACCUGUCUACGUAUCUUGCAAUUUUAGCACAAUUAAUGGGUUUCCGGCAAUCGGUCACGCUAGGUCUCUUUUAUCCUCCGCCGUCAAUUUUAUUUCCACAAAUUAUCCAUUCUGGAACCGCUCUAAUGGUGCUGACCAUGUCUUUGUCGCUUCACACGAUUUUGGCGCUUGUUUUCACACUCUGGAAGAUAGAGCUAUGGAGGAUGGCGUACCGGAAUUUUUGAAGAAAUCGAUUAUAUUACAGACUUUUGGCGUCCAAUAUGACCACCCAUGUCAGGACGUUGAAAACGUGGUUAUACCACCUUAUAUUCCUCCGGCAAGUGUACGGUCAACUCUUAAAAAGGCUCCAUUGACCGGCCGGCGAGAUAUUUGGGUUUUCUUUAGAGGCAAAAUGGAAGUUCAUCCAAAGAACGUUAGCGGACGAUUUUACAGCAAGAAGGUAAGGACGGCAAUAUGGAGGAAGUUCAGCGGUGAUCCGCGGUUUUACUUGCAGCGGCAUAGAUUUGCCGGUUACCAGUCAGAGAUUGUACGGUCGACGUUUUGCUUAUGUCCAUUAGGGUGGGCCCCAUGGAGUCCAAGGCUCGUUGAAUCAAUCGCGUUGGGCUGUGUGCCGGUAACAAUUGCCGACGGUAUCCGGUUGCCUUUCCCGACAGCCGUACCUUGGCCGGAGAUAUCGCUCACCGUGGCAGAAAAGGACGUGGCGAAGUUGGGAAGUAUUUUGGACCACGUGGCGAGUACUAAUUUGUCGACGAUACAGAAAAACAUUUGGGACCCCGCAUUUAGGAGGGCCCUACUUUUCAAUGAUCAAAUACAAGAAGGAGAUGCGACGUGGCAGGUGCUAUAUGCCCUGGCCCAGAAGCUAGGGAGGUCUCAUCGGACAGUAAGAGUCUCCGACCAAUGAAAGGACGUCAUGUGGACAGUUUUGACUUGUGGACCAAACUGCCAUGUUGCCAGCUAAUUGAGUUGUUCUUUUCCCAACGUGGAUGCGCUUGCAUGUAAUCAAAAUGAUGUGGAUUAUGGAGUACAGCUGGAUUUUCUCGACUUCUGUCUCUGCUCGUAACAGUGGGUGGGAAUUUUAAUAGCCUGAUAUGGGGUGUUUUAUGAGCUAGAGGAUAGAUUAUUUUUUUUCUUUUUUGGAUCGGCUUUUGUGGCUGCUGAGUUGGCUUACAAUUAUUGGUCCUGAAAGCGGUAAAUAUACAAAUAUUAAAUACAAUAAAAUCAUAAUACUGCCAUGUACAUGUGGAAUUUUUUUUUGAUAAUAAUAUUAUAAUAGUGAAUUAGACAUAGUA